GGAGUGAAAAAUAGUAAAGAAGAGAAGAGGAAAAAAAUAAAAAAACACUUCUUCUGACAACAGCUUGCUUUCUCCGCCUAUGACGCACAUCAUUACUUGUUCCUCUACUUUGCUACCUACAAUGCAUUUUUCUCUAUGACAUACUACUUUACUAGAUUUAUUAUGGCUUCUCAAUCAGUUUUAUCAAGUUUGUGCAUUCUGUUUGAGAUUGCGCAUUCUAGGGCUCAUAACAGAAUUAUCUUACCUAUUCACCCUUUGCCUUUUAUGAGACACUAUACACGUAGAGACACAGCAGCUGUAUAUACUGCCGGUUGUGGUUCAAUUCUCCCAAUAUUACUAAAACAUAUUGUACUAGUAAUACUAAGUCGCUCUAAUAUUCAAGUAUACCGCGAUAUUUGAGCACACACAUCAGCUUUCAUUAAAA